CUGAGAUAAUCAAGAGGACAGACAAAGCAAGAAUGAAGAGUUUACUGAUUCUCAUUGCUUUCUUCAUCAGCUCCAGCGUGGCUCUGAAUUGCCAGCAGGUGGCUGGGAGUCUGAAACAGAUUGAUGCUGGUCUGGGAAUGGUGGUUGGUGUAAACAACAAUUACAACAUCUACAUUCUCUUUGGUGGCAACUGGGUGCAAUUGCCAGGAGCUCUGAAGCAUGUCACUGUUGGCCCGGCUGGGCUGUGGGGAGUGAACAGUGGCAACCAAAUCUACAAAAUGGUGAACGGAAAUUGGGUGCUUGUUUCAGGUUUGCUGCAGCAGAUUGAUGCAGGAGGUGAUGAGUUUGUUGCUGGUGUCAACAUGAAUAAUAAUGUCUACUGCAUGGGGAGGAAUGGUGCCAUGGGAAUUACAAGCAAUCAAUCACCUGCUCCAUGGGAACUACUGCCAGGAGCCCUCAAGUACUACUCUUGUGGCCCCGUUAGCUGCUGGGGUGUCAAUUCAGCCAACCAGAUUUUUAUAAUGAAAUCAGUGACACCCACUACUUGCACCGGCAAAAAGCUGUGGCAGAAUAUCCCAGGCUCCUUGACAAUGAUUGAAGUGAGUGUUGAUGGCAGAGUAUAUGGGGUGAACGGUCAAGGAAAUGUGUACCGCAGGGAUGGAAUUACUGCCAGCAAUCCUGCAGGAACUGUCUGGACUCAGAUGAUGAUAAGUGGAGCAUGCCAGCAUGUGAGCUAUGACCUUGGGCAGUUAUGGGUCAUCAAGAAUGGUGGUAGCAUCUGGACCUGUAGCUGAAACCUUUAAAAUGAUCA